AUGGUGGAAACGGUUCCGUUACCUGAAGAACCUGAAGAAAAUAUUUGGUUUGACCUCAAAAUGGCUUGGCAAGGGAAAGUGUACGAGUUGAGAGUUGCUGGUAAUGAUAUGGUAUACGAUUUCAGAGACGUCAUCUACCGUCUAACAAACGUCCCUCCUGUGCGUCAAAAACUCAUCGGUCUGACAAAAGGUAAACUCUCUCCUGAACUAGAUUCCACAAGAUUCGGAACUCUAGGAAUCAAAGAUGGAUCCAAGUUUACGAUGAUCGGAACUCCUGAAGAAUUAUCUUUCAAAGAUCCCAGUCAGGUAACUUUACCCGAUGUGGUGGAUGAUUUCGAUGUUAGGUAUCCGAGACAUUUGGAUGGGAAGAACAGGGUGUCUCCGGCGGACGAUCCAAGGAAUUUGAGGAGAAUAGAGCAGAAAGUUAAGGAGAUACCUAUAACGAUUAUGAACCCUCCCAGGCCAGGAAAAGGCCUUCUUGUACUUGACUUGGACUAUACCAUCGUUGAUACCAAACCUCUAAUCGCUGGAUCUUUACCAGCCGAUGAAUGCGCCAGACCUGGAUUGCAUCGAUUCUUGGAGCUUGCAUAUCAAAAUUAUGAUAUCGUCAUUUGGUCUCAGACUCAUUGGAGAUGGAUAGAGGGAAAGCUUUACGAACUUGGUAUGCUAGGUGGAAACCGUAAUUACAAAGUAUGUUUCGUCGCGGAUAGAAGUUCAAUGUUCCCGAUUUUUUCUAUGCGUAAUGGUCAAUCGUAUCAACAUGAAGUCAAACCUCUUGCUUAUUUAUGGGCUUCAUUCCCUCAGUGGUCUGCGAAGAAUACAAUACAUAUUGACGAUUUGUCACGGAACUUUGCCAUGAACCCUGGUGAAGGUCUGCGGAUACGAGCUUUCAACUCUGCCGGUACGUUGGAAGGUUUACGAGAUCGGGAGUUGGAACGACUCGGGGCGUAUGUGAGUGGCCGGGGUACGGUGUAUCUGCGAGAACUCCUUAUGAAGUCUCUGGUCUCUCCCAACGUUCCUAUGCGGGAGAUGUGGAUAUGA